AUGUCAUCACACGAAAGGCAUCUUUCAUCGAGCUCGGUCUCCAGUAUGACUUCUCUGAAGAAGGUUCAUAGUCAUGUAUCCAUACAUCAAGGAGAUGAGGAAUCUCAACCAAAGUUAAAGUUAUUCGAAAGUCCUCUCGCUCAUGACAGAAGGGCGUACUCGACCACCCCUUCGAUCCCGAGUUCUAUACAGAGUAUAUCUGGCCCUAUCAAUGUUGCUCGAAAGCAAUCAUACGACGAAUCGAUCGAGAAUCAAUAUGAUGAUAGGAAAGCUGAUACAUUCACAAAGGACGGCGCAGAAGAGGAAAUGUUUGAGACACCCGAAUUUCGAAGAUAUGAAGAGACCACCAAUAUGGAAUUAUUCUAUGACCUGUUCUUCGUUGCGAACUUGACAACCUUUAACGAUGUUCAUGAAGUUAAUGAAAUCGAUGCACUAAAGUCUUAUGCGGGCUUUUUUUGCAUUCUUUGGUUUCUAUGGUUACAAGUCAGUCUUUUCGAUGUUCGAUUCGUGACGGAUAGUAUACUGGAGAGAAUUGGAAAGGCAUGUCAAUUUGGUGUUAUGAUUGGGUUGGCAAUUGUGGGACCGGAUUUCAAUUCUUCAGAUCAAAGGCCUGGUGCUUUUCGUUCAUUGGCAAUUAUCUUGAUGUUUUCAAGACUCGUUUUAAGCUUUCAAUAUUCUGUUAUACUAUACCACGUUUGGCAUUACAAGAAUUCCAAAAUACCACUCUUUCUGAUUGCUGUGGCAAACGCCAUUGCUGCGCUAAUAUACUUUGGCACUUUCUUUGGAUUCACAGAAGAAACAGCUAAGACCGGGAAAGUCUUCGUAGUCUGGUAUAUCACAGCCGUCUUGGAAACCGCCGUUAACAUUGCUAUAUCAUCGAAAUGGAAAGUCCUUAGCUUCAGGGGAUCGCAUCUUGUUCAACGAAUGACUUUGCUUACUUUAAUUAUUUUGGGAGAAGGUAUAAUUGGAAUUAGCAAGAGCAUUGCGGAUAUUGCAGAACAAGAAGAGUCGUGGACUGCAUCACUAAUACUGACUGUUGUCUCAGCUGUUGGAAUAAUUUACUUUCUCUACAUGCUAUAUUUUGACUGGCUAAAUCGAUCUCAAUUUGGAUCCAUCCGUCAACAAAUAUGGGCAUUCCUACACUUUCCAUUUCAUCUCGCCCUAGUUUUCCUCGUCGAAGGCGCCGCCCAGUUCGUCCGAUGGCGCAAGGUAGUCGAAGUCAUCAACCAAGUCAGCAAAGAGUAUGUUGAUCAAUUCAAAAUAAGCCCCGCAGUCAAUAGUCUCGAUCUCAAAACACGACUAGCAAACGUCACUGAAACAAUCUUCAACAAAUUCCCACCGGAAUUCACGCAAACGUUUUCGGAUACCCAAAAAGCUUUGUUCAAUAUUGGCAAUACGACUUUCAAAUCAACAGAACAGUUGGGGAACAUCACCACUUUAUUUUCGACAGUCCAAGAUUCUCUAUUUGAUAAUUUUGGCAUAGACCCCCCAGAAAGUGACGCUGCCAUUACCGAUCCUAACGAAGAAUGGAAUGAAAAUGUGGGAGUUCUAGCACUUGUAUUCACCUAUUUCCACCUCGCCUCCGCCCUAACCCUUAUCCUAAUGAGCACCCUCCACUUCCUCAGCCGACCAACCAUGACGCGCGCAGAUAAAAUACGUCUCGCUAUCAACAUCGUGUUAUCUGCUAUAUUAGCUUGUCUGGCGGGAAUAUCUUAUACGCAGGCUGGUUUUGAGUUUGCGCAGAGUGCGUGGGUAUUGCCGGUUGUGGCGGGGUUUAUUUUUGGUUAUGCUAUUAGGGUAUACGAAGGUUUUGUGGUGAGUGUUUGA